GCGCUGAUUGGAGUGCAGCUGGUGGUCAGCUUGCUGGCUGCUAGCAUCAUGCACAGAAUGACUCCACACUGUUCCUUUGCCCGCUGGCUUCUGUGCAAUGGCAGGUAAAGUCAUGUACUCAAAUGUCAUAUACAGAAGUGGCUUUGGCGAUUGGGUGUAGCAAUGUCCUGAUAAUGGUUAGGGUCUGGAGUUAUUCCUGUCAGAUCAUGAGGGCAGGAGAAACUCAUAGUGAAUAGAUUUGAGUAAAACAACAGUCAUACUACUAGCCAACUACUUGCAAUGUAUAUAUGUUUAAAACAAAUCUAACUUGAUCCUUUCAGUCUAUUCCGGUUCAAACACCCCUCUGAAGGAGAGCUGUGUGCCCUGGCAGGCAAACAGAUGCCCAGCAAGCCCAGCAGGAGAGACAGGUGUGAGCUGGGGAGGGGGCAUGAUGAUACAGUACAACUGGUGUCUGCUGCCUUUUGUAUCACUGUUAUGAUAGUAGACUGGUUGUUACAGGGAAGGUUUGCUGACUUCUUCUUUGUAGGAGACAGAAUGGGGACAGCAAGCCUCUCACAGUGCCGAAGGACAUCGACCUUAACUUGGAAAAAGCUCCAAUCGGCAUCCUUGAUGCCCUUGGUAAAUAAACAAAAGCACAACCACUACUGCUGACUGAAAUGCCCUCCAAGCCUUUGCAUUUAGGCCUUAUCUUUUCCUUACAAUAUUUUUGCUUUGUCUCUCCUUUCCCAUUCUCAGUACUGCGAUUCUUCCUGGAGUACCAGUGGUUGAUUGACUUUGCAGUGUAUGCCAUGGGCAUCUACCUUUUCACUGAGGGCUACUUCUGUGUAGUGGACCCUACCAAGGAGGUCCACAUUGGGGCCAUCUGGUGUGUGCUGACCGUUCUCUGCUGCCUGUAUCCUUCAGGUCACCCUCUCUGAAAGCCCAUAAUUGUAUUACCAUUUUAAAUUGAAAAUGGAGUAUAACUUAUUCCUAAGAAAACAGCUCUAAGUACUAUGUUACAAUGUCAACUUAGACUGAAGUUGUACUCACUGUACUUGCCAAUGUUAUCACCAUGUAAAAACAGUUAGUGUCAAUUUCUGCAAAGUGGGCCCCUCGUAUACAUCAAUACAUUAAAGUCCCGCCUACUUCCUGUUGCAAGUCCUGUACUGUUUUUGAAUGGGCUUCAAGCUUAUAUAAUCAAAUUCAUGAAAACAUGGUCAUUUAAGAUAUACAGUAUGUACAAUUAUAUUAAUUUACUUCUACCUAAUGCCUUUCAUUAAUGUUUUAGAUUAUGAAAAAUAAUAAACGCAAUCAAAAACCUUCAUGAAAGACAUCAGAAGUAAAUUAAUCCACAAAUACGAAUAUAAUUUUACAUAUCUUAAAUGACCAAGUUUUCAUGAAUUUGAUUAUAUAAGCUUGAAGCCCAUUCAAAAACAGUACGGAACUUGCAACAGGAAGUAGGCGGGACUUUCAUAGUGUAUCACCCAAACAUGCACUGUUGCCAGAAAAACACUCCGACGCACCCGUUGUGCUCCUCCUUGAUUGGAGUUGUUUGUUGUUAAGGGACUGCCUGGUUGUCCCUGUGUUGCCCUUAACCCUCUCUCACAGGAAAACCCUCCACUCCCUGAUGGGCCACUAUUUCCGGUCUGACGAGGGGGGCGAGCGCUCGGUGUGCUUGGCCUUUGGUUUCCUAUCUCUGCUUGUGGCCAUGUUGGUGCUAGUGGUCAGAGAAGACUACCUGGAGUUUGGCCUGGAGCCUGGUAUGUUCACUACACUAACCCCUACUACAGUAGUUCCAUGGGGAUAUAAACUGAGUGUACAAAACAUUAGAAACACUUUCAAAGUAUUGAGUUGCACCCCCUUGUGCCCUCAGAACAGCCUCAAUUAGUAAGGGCAUGGACUCUACAAGGUGUCAAAAGUGUUCCACACGGAUGCUGGCCCAUGUUGACUCCAAUGCUUCCCACAGUUUUGUCAAGUUGGCUGGAUGUCCUUUGGGUGUUGGACCAUUCUUGAUACGCAUUGGAAACGUUUGAGCGUGAAAAAUCCAGCAGCAUUGCCAUUCUUGACACACUCAAUCCGGUGAGCCUGGCACCUACUACAAUAACCCGUUCAAAGGCACUUAAAUAUUUUGUCUUGCCCCUUCACCCUCUGAAUGGCACGCAUACACAAUCCAUGUCUCAAGGCUUAAAAAUCCUUCUUAAACCUGUCUCCUCCCCUUCAUCUACACUGAUUUGAAGUGGAAUUGACAAGUGACAUAAAUAAGGGAUCAAAGCUUUCAACUGGAUUCACCUGGUCAGUCUGUCAUGGAAAGAGCAGGUGUUCCUAAUGUUUUGUACACUGUGUUUAUGUAUUUAACAAUUAUUUGUUUAGUUAAUUUUAUCAUUUUAGUUUGGAGUUUCUAUGCUUUUUGUAUUGCAGGUUUUAAUAGUCUUUUUGACAACCUUGAGGUUUUCGCAAAACAGCAAGGCUUUGCUGAGUGGUCGUAAGUAUCUUUUCAUUGGACAGUUGAAAUUGAUUUAAAAAAUAAAGUCACACCUUGGGUCCAUAGAAUAGUAGCCAGUCAUUCAUGGACUGACAAUAUGCUUUUAGUGAUCUGUAUGUUGGCAAAUGUUUCCCCUAAUGUUUAUUAAAUGUGGACUCCCAUCAGAGUCCCGGUGACCAAGCUGACUGUGAAGUUGGGUCUUGCUGCCAUCUGUGCUUUUAUUGGUGCUUUGCUGGCCUUCCCUGGCCUCCGCCUAGCCCAGACCCACCUGGACGCAGUUCAGAUGAACUCAGACCGCCCAUUCAUCCAGUAAGAACACCCAAACACAUAGAUUUAGCUGUGAAACCAAAUAACCAACUGGCUCCACUAGUAAUGUCUUCUUGUUCGGGUGUUGUUGUUUUCUGCUUCCCGUAGGAUUCUGUUGCACAUGAGUUUUCUGGCUCCAGUGGUGGUGAUCGUGUUGUGGAUCAAACCCAUCGCUAGGGACUUCCUGGGGAACGCUCCCAUGGGGAAGACCUCAGUCACGCUGUAAGUGUGUGUCUUGGUACACUAUAUAUACAGAAGUACGUGGACACCCCUUCAAAUUAGUGGAUUCGGCUAUUUCAGUCACACCCGUUGCUGACAGGUGUAUAAAAUCGAGCACAUAGCCAUGCAAUCUCCAUAGACAAACAUUGACAGUAGAAUGGCCUUACUGAAGAGCUCAGUGACUUUCAAUGUGGCACCGUCAUAGGAUGCCACUAUUCCAGCAAGUCAGUUCGUCAAAUUUCUGCCCUGCUAGAGCUGCCCCGGUCAACUGUAAGUGCUUUUAUUGUGAAGUGGAAAGGUCUAGGAGCAACAACGGCUGAGCCGCCAAAGUGGUAGGCCACACAAGCUCACAGAACGGGACCACCGAGUGCUGAAGCGCUUAAAAAUUGUCUGUCAUCGGUUGUAACACUCACUACCGAGUUCCAAACUGCCUCUGGAGCAAUGUCAGCACAAUAACUGUUCGUCUGGAGCUUCAUGGAAUUGGUUUCCAUGGCCGAGCAGCCGCACACAAUCCUAAGAUCACAAUGCCAAGCGUAGGCUGGAGUGGUGUGGAACAAGCUCCCUCACGACGCUAGGACAGCGGAGUCACUCACCACCUUCCGGAGACACUUGAAACCCCACCUCUUUAAGGAAUACCUGGGAUAGGAUGAAGUAAUCCUUUUACCCCCCCCCCCCCCCCCCCCAAAAAAAAAAAAAAACAUAUUGUAAAGUGGUUAUCCCACUGGCUAUAAGGUGAAUGCACCAAUUUGUAAGUCGCUCUGGAUAAGAGCGUCUGCUAAAUGACGUAAAUGUGUAAAGCUCGCCGCCAUUGGACUCUGGCGCAGUGGAAAUGCGUUCUCUCGAGUGAUUAAUCAUGCUUCACCAUCUGGCAGUCUAAUGGAUGAAUCUGGGUUUUGGCGGAUGCCAGGAGAACUCUACCUGCCCCAAUGCAUAGUGCCAACUGUAAAGUUUGGUGGAGGAGGAAUAAUGGUCUGGGGCUGUUUUUCAUGGUUCGGGCUAGUCGCCUUAGUUCCAGUGAAGGGAAAUCUUAAUGCUACAGCACACAAUGGCAUUCUAGAUGAAACUGUGCUUCCAACUUUGUGGCAACAAUUCUACCCUUGUACCAUCUCUACCCUUGUUUUUUGUGAACAACUUGUAAUUUAUAACAUCACAGUCAAACACACACACAGAUCCUGCAUCUCUACCCUUGUAAAGUACAAUCAAACUUAGUCACAAUAUGCAAACUUAAAAAAAAUAUAUAUAUAUUAUAUGACUGGAGACAUGCAAAAUGUAACAGCAGAUGUGUAUAAAAAAAAAUAUUCUAAUAUUUGAGUGAAACAUGGUAAGAGCAUCCGUUUCAUUUGGAAUGGUCUGUUUUUGAAAGCAUAUUAAGGAACAAUUCUCCUCUCCAUUGUGAGCCAUAUUUACAGUUAUCCAAUCACCUCAGCCCAAAUCUGACUGAUUAGUUAUUACCUGUAUCCAAGUGCAUUGCUGGAUAAUUCUUACUGCAUAACCAUCACCAUGAAAAAGCAUAAUCCUUGCCUACCCCAGUCACAGUUAUUCAAGUCUUAAUGUGAACAAUGGGUCUGGUCACCUCUCUUGGCAAGGGCAUCAAAGUCUGGUGUCAUCUUUGAUGUAGAGAUUCUGAGAACAGCUCACAAGUGGUCAUUUGUUAAAUUUGACCUGUGACGGGAUUUGUUGUAAUUCAUGACUGAGAACGUUUGUUCACACACACACACUACCAGUCAAAAGUUUGGACACACCUACUCAUUCAAGUGUUUUUCUUUAUUUUUUUAAAACUAUUUUUUACAUUGUAGAAUAAUAGUGAAGACCUCAAAACUAUGAAAUAAAACAUAUGGAGUCAUGUAGUAACCAAAAAGUGUUAAACAAAUCAAAAAUAAUUUUAUAUUUGAGAUUCUUCAAAUAGCCACCCUUUGCCUUAAUGAAAGCUUUGCACACUCUUAGCAUUCCUUCAAGCAGCUUCAUGAGGUAGUCCCCUGGAAUGCAUUUCAAUUAACAGGUGUGCCGCCUUAAAAGUUAAUUUUAAGUGUAUACAGGGGGUGUAUACAGAAGAUAGCCGUAUUUGGUAAAAGACCAAGUCCAUAUUAUGGCAAGAACAGCUCAAAUAAGCAAAGAGAAACGGCAGUCAAUCAUUACUUUAAGACAUGAAGGUCAGUCAAUAUGGAACAUUUCAAUAACUUUUUAAAAGUUUCUUCAAGUGCAGUUGCAAAAACCAUCAAGCGCUAUGAUGAAACUGGCUCUCAUGAGGACAACAACAGGAAUGGAAGACCCAGAGUUACCUCUGCGGCAGAGGAUAAGUGCAUUAGAGUUACCAGCCUCAGAAAUUGCAGCCCAAAUAAAUGCUUCACAGAGUUCAAGUAACAGACACAUCUCAACAUCAACUGUUCAGAGGCGACUGUGUGAAUCAGGCCUUCAUGGUCGAAUUUCUGCAAAGAAACCACCACUAAGGGAAACCAAUAAGAAGAAGAGACCUGCUUGGGCCAAGAAACACGAGCAAUGGACAUUAGACCGGUGGAAAUUGGUCCUUUGGUCUGGAGUCCAAAUUGGAGAUUUUUGGUUCCAACCGCCGUGUCUUUGUGAGACGCAGUGUGGGUGAACGGAAGAUCUCCGGAUUUGUAGUUCCCACCGUAAAGCAUGGAGGAGGAGGUGUUAUGUGUGGGGGUGCUUUGCUGGUGACACUGUCUGUGAUUUAUUUAGAAUUCAAGGCACACUUAACCAGCAAUGCUACCACAGCAUUCUGCAGCAAUACGCCAUCCCAUCUGGUUUGGUCUUAGUGAAACUAUCAUUUAUUUUUCAACAGGACCAUGACCCAACACACCUCCAGGCUGUGUAAGGGCUAUUUUACCAAUAAGGAGAGUGAUGGAGUGCUGCAUCAGAUGACCUGGCCUCCACAAUCCCCCGACCUCAACCCAAUUGAGAUGGUUUGGGAUGAGUCGGACUGCAGAGUGAAGGAAAAGCAGCCAACAAGUGCUCCGCAUAUGUGGGAACUCCUUCAAGACUGUUGGAAAAGCAUUACAGGUCAAGCUGGUUGCGAGAAUGCCAAGAAUGUGCAAUGCUGUCAUCAAGGCGAAGGGUGGCUAUUUGAAGAAUCUCAAAUAUAAAAUAUAUAUUUUGAUUUUUGUUACUCUUUUUGGGUUACUACAUGAUUCCAUAUGUGUUAUUUCAUAGUUUUGAUGUCUUCACUGUUAUUCUACAAUGUAGAAAAUAGUAAAAAUAAAGAAAAACCCUGGAAUGAGUAGGUGUGUCCAAACUUUUGACUGGUACUGUAUGUGGACCCGAGUUAAACAAGCAUCCUUUGGGCGUGCUUUUUAAUAUUUGGAAACUUUGUUUCAUUCAGUGAGCCAUAGAACUGGUCUGUUGCUGUUUUGUACUUCUCCUUCAAAUUACUGUCACAUUGGAUGUCGAUGAGCUCCAAUUGUGUGUCUGGUGGUGCUUUCUCACUGUCGAAAAACAGGGCUUGAUACAAGCUUCAGCUCAGUCUCAAUCUUCGUGAAGUCUGAGAAGCGGCAGGAAAACUCAGCGUGCAGGUCGAUCAAAGUGCAACUAUAUGUCACAGUGCGGCACUGCAAUGUGGGCGCAUUCAGUGCGGCCAGUGUCGGAAAAUGAGCGAGAGACCGGCUGCUCAUUUGUCUGGAGAACAACAUAAGUUUGGCCUUGAAUGCUUUCACGUUGGAAUACAGUUCAUGCACAAAAACACAAUUUCCCUGCAGUUUCACAUUUAGAUUGUUCAGAUGCCCCAAUAUGUCCACACCGAAAGCAAAGUCGCCCAGCCAGUCUGUGUCUUUCAACUCAGAGAAGUCUUCAGCUUUUUCAACCGUAUCAAGGAACAUACCCAUCUCCCCUCUCAGUUCCCACACAUGGCAAAAUACUUUUCCCAGCGCACAUUUGAAUGUGCCUCUGUCAUUAAGCAGCUGAAUGAACAGACGAUGGUUAAGCCCCCUUGUCCGUAUAAAGUUGACAAGUUUUACAACCACUUUGACAACAUUUUCCAGCUUUAACACACUUUUACACAGGGCUUCCUGAUGAAUAAUACAGUGAAUACGUAUGCAUAAGCUCUAAUAUGUGUAUGGGUGUUUUGAAUUAAUCAUCACCUUAGAAAGCGCUGUCCAUUUAAUUGUUUAAUCGCUUACCAUGUUUUCCACUAAUUUGCAACCUUUUUAUUGAACUUCUUAAUUCAAAUUGAACGGUCAGUGAGGUGAGUUUUAAAAGCAUUAUACUGUUUUGAUGAUAAGUGCUUGAUGUGAUUUGAGAUUCCAUUUGCAUUGAUGUCAGUGGUUAGAGGGACAAUAGAGCGCUGACUGACGGUCAAUAGCGAGUUGGGUACUACCAACGCAUGUCCAGAAUGCAUAAGAGGAGAUUACCGUGACUCAAUGGUCAUGUGGAAUUUGACUGCGGUCAUGACUGCCGGUGUGGCGGUAAUACAGUCACUGCAACAGCCCUACUCCUUCUCCUAGUGUUGACAGAUCUCCUCUGUGCGUUAUCCCAGUAUGUCAAGCGCGAUGUUUGACAGUGUUCGUCUGUGGACGGUCGUGGUGCUCUGCUUCCUGAGGCUGGCCCUGAUCCGAUACCACAUGCAGGCCUACCUCAACCUGUCCCAGAAGUGGGUGGACCAGAUGAAGAAGGAGGCAGGACGCAUCGCUGCCAUCGACAUCCAGAGGAAGGUAAGACCUAAACAUCUAAACCUCAGCCAUUUUGUUUUCAUGUCAAAUUAAUUGUUUUGAGUUAGGCUUGGGUGAUAUACAGUUUAUACCGUAUACUGGGGUUUUUCAAAAUACCGGCAAUAUGAUUUUCAAUACCGAAAAAAAAAUUAUAUAUACAGUGAGGGGAAAAAGGUAUUUGAUCCCCUGCUGAUUUUGUACAUUUGUCCACUGACAAAGAAAUGAUCAGUCUAUAAUUUUAAUGGUAGGUUUAUUUGAACAGUGAGAGACAGAAUAACAACAAAAUAAUCCAGAAUAACGCAUGUCAAAAAUGUUAUAAAUUGAUUUGCAUUUUAAUGAGGGAAAUAAGUAUUUGACCCCUCUCAAUCAGAAAGAUUUCUGGCUCAAAGAUUUCUGGCUCCCAGGUGUCUUUUAUACAGGUAACAAACUGAGAUUAGGAGCACACUCUUAAAGGGAGUGCUCCUAAUCUCAGUUUGUUACCUGUAUAAAAGACACCUGUCCACAGAAGCGAUCAAUCAAUCAGAUUCCAAACUCUCCACCAUGGCCAAGACCAAAGAGCUCUCCAAGGAUGUCAGAGACAAGAUAGUAGACCUACACAAGGCUGGAAUGGGCUACAAGACCAUCGCCAAGCAGCUUGGUGAGAAGGUGACAACAGUUGGUGCGAUUAUUCGCAAAUGGAAGAAACACAAAAUAACUGUCAAUCUCCCUCGGCCUGGGGCUCCAUGCAAGAUCUCACCUCGUGGAGUUGCAAUGAUCAUGAGAACGGUGAGGAAUCAGCCCAGAACUACACGGGAGGAUCUUGUCAAUGAUCUCAAGGCAGCUGGGACCAUAGUCACCAAGAAAACAAUUGGUAACACACUACGCCGUGAAGGACUGAAAUCCUGCAGCGCCCGCAAGGUCCCCCUGCUCAAGAAAGCACAUGUACAGGCCCGUCUGAAGUUUGCCAAUGAACAUCUGAAUGAUUCAGAGGAGAACUGGUUGAAAGUGUUGUGGUCAGAUGAGACCAAAAUCGAGCUCUUUGGCAUCAACUCAACUCGCCGUGUUUGGAGGAGGAGGAAUGCUGCCUAUGACCCCAAGAACACCAUCCCCACCGUCAAACAUGGAGGUGGAAACAUUAUGCUUUGGGGGUGUUUUUCUGCUAAGGGGACAGGACAACUUCACCGCAUCAAAGGGACGAUGGACGGCGCCAUGUACCGUCAAAUCUUGGGUGAGAACCUCCUUCCCUCAGCCAGGGCAUUGAAAAUGGGUCGUGGAUGGGUAUUCCAGCAUGACAAUGACCCAAAACACACGGCCAAGGCAACAAAGGAGUGGCUCAAGAAGAAGCACAUUAAGGUCCUGGAGUGGCCUAGCCAGUCUCCAGACCUUAAUCCCAUAGAAAAUCUGUGGAGGGAGCUGAAGGUUCGAGUUGCCAAACAUCAGGUUUGAAACCUUAAUGACUUGGAGAAGAUCUGCAAAGAGGAGUGGGACAAAAUCCCUCCUGAGAUGUGUGCAAACCUGGUGGCCAACUACAAGAAACGUCUGACCUCUGAUUGCCAACAAGGGUUUUGCCACCAAGUACUAAGUAAUGUUUUGCAGAGGGGUCAAAUACUUAUUUCCCUCAUUUAAAAUGCAAAUCAAUUUAUAACAUUUUUGACAUGCGUUUUUCUGGAUAUUUUGUUGUUAUUCUGUCUCUCACUGUUCAAAUAAACCUACCAUUAAAAUUAUAGACUGAUCAUGUCUUUGUCAGUGGGCAAACGUACAAAAUCAGCAGGGGAUCAAAUACUUUUUUUCCCUCACUGUAUGCAUACAUACACUUUUGGGGGGGGGGGGUUGGGGUGGUGCGUGCUACGCCACUGCUUAAACCAUAAGUUAAGUUUAACUAUAAGAAAUCUAAGAUGUGUUAAAUAAAUUAUAUCGAUCUCAGGGCUACAGCUAUGAUUUGGUUUGCUAACUUACUAGCUAAGUGGCUAGAUGUCAAGAUCAAGCUUCUUGGUUACAGCAGAGACAUUCAAUCCCCUUCUGGAGCAAGAUACCUGUUGCCUAAAUUGUUUUAGAAAUAGCGCCCCUUGUGUGCACUUCCGGUAAUACCUUAUACCCCGGUAGUGUACAGAAAUCUGGUUACCGCCAAACCGUAGAGGUGACAGAAGAAACCUAUAUCCAUGAGUCUUUGUUGUUGUCCUUCCAGGUGACCCGUGUGUUCUGCUACCUGACCAUAGUCACCCUGCAGUACGUAGUCCCUGUUCUGCUCCUCCUCUUCUCCACCCUGGCUCUGAAGGCCCUGGGUAAGACAUGUACAGCACCUAACAACAGAAGCAAUAACUCUGAUCUCAGUGAGGCCUUCAGUGACUGCUGAGAACCUGCAUUCUACAAUUCAACUAUAGGGAGUCAUGAUCAUUUACCAACAGCUUCACCAUAAUGUCUGAUGCUACAGAUAACUGCCAAAAUAAAGGAAACACUUGUGUAAAUGAGGGAUAGAAAAUGUAUUGUAGUGACGUGACUUUCAUUAAUAUGAGUGUUAUUUAUCGAAUCAACUAACUAUGUUUAAUUGUUACUCAAUUUAAAUUAUGUAACAAUUAAGUCAUUAGGAUUUGGGGCACCACAGAAUAAGUUGUUUAUGGAGUAACCAUCUCCCGAAUUAAACUCUAUAAGGUAUUUUACCUAUCACUAUGUAUAAAAGUCAACGUAUUAAUCAUUACCUCUUAUCAGUCGUCAUUCUGAAUGGUCGAAUAAUUAUUGGAUCCGCAUGAACCCUAGCUUUACUUAUGAUUCAGCACUAAACAAAUUGGCUUCAUUAUUUAUUUACUAGCUAACUAAAUAAUAACACAGAAUGCAUACAUACUUAAUACAUGAGAAAAAGUCCCUAGCAGACUAACAACGGCAUGACUGCUUGGUCAUCAAAAGAGGGAGGGGUAGAUAGGGAGAGACAAAGAGAGAGUCACACUUAUCGUUGAUACAUUUGGAAGCUACCCUCAAAGUAAUCAUAAUACUUUGCUCACGAACCACUGCCCGUUUGGGUAAGAAAUCAUGAAUGUAUUUACAUGUAGAUGUCUUUGUUUGUCGUCUCUCCGUUGAAACCAAUCAAUCCUUCUAUGGGAAGGGGUAGGUUUUAGUGUCCCGUUUCGGUGUAUGGCUCUGAUUGUCCACCAGAGGUCACAAUGUCCUCCUUAGUUGUCCUGGCUUGGAGUGGAGUGUUCAAAUAGAACAGAUACUCAGAUGCAUUCUAAUGAUUGUCUGAGAUGGGAUUCUCCUUCCCACCUCGUGUAGUUAGUCAAAGUUCUAGACCACUUUACAUGGACAGCUGCAGACUGGCAAUGCUAGUCUAGUGAGUUUAUCUUCUUCUCCUUGUGUUGAGAUUCAAAGCUCUAACCAUUUCAAACGUGUGGACUACCGUCACCACGCUUUCUGGUCUAACCAUUUUAAGCCGUGUAGUCACAGCUCCACACUUUCUUGUCUAAUGUAAAUUUUGUUACCAAGGCUUUUUAUGCACUCUGGUAAAAGGGGCGUUCCUACUUGCUGACACGGUCUCUUAUAGCUUAUAUGAAAUCCUAUGAUCUCGUUAGAAAACUAAAAUCACAUUCCUAUCUUAACAAAAAUACUCUCGUAAUUCUCCAUAUUAUAUACACAACAUAUUGGAUGUAAACUUGACAGAUAAAGUGUGUAUACUUUUCAAAUUACAGUAUUUUCGUUAUAACCUUUUUAAUGACAUCAUAAAAUAGUAAACAAUAUGACGUGAUUAGUCUUUAGAUCCUCACUGACCAUUCCAAACAUUCGGAUAUUAGGAAUAUUGUUCCGGUGUUUACUUUUUGGACGUUAUAGUUUUCGCGGCAAAAGUCUUCUGGGGGACAAAGCACAUUCCUUUCAAUACUGAAGAGCAAGGGAGAGAUUCCCCUCCUGCCUAAUUUACGACCGAGUGUUAAGGUGUCAAAACCGGCCCAGCCGUCUUUCCAGACUGAUAAUUAGAUGAGGGGACGCGCUGUACCCAAAUGAACGAAUGACGGGAAUCAACACAAUUCCGCAUUAGAUUAACCAUUCUCAAGAUGGGUGAGCCUAGUAUGUUGAUACAGUUGAAGUCGGAAGUUUACAUACACCUUAGCCAAAUACAUUUAAACUCAGUUUUUCACAAUUCCUGACAUUUAAUCCUAGUAAAACUUCCCUGUCUUAGGUCAGUUAGGAUCACCACUUUAUUUUAAGAAUGUGAAAUGUCAGAAUAAUAGUAGAGAGAAUUAUUUAUUUUGGCUUGUAUUUCUUUCAUCACAUUCCCAGUGGGUCAGAAGUUUACAUACACUCAAUUAGUAUAGGGUAGCAUUGCCUUUAAAUUGUUUGACUUGGGUCAAACGUUUCGGGUAGCCUUCCACAAGCUUCCCACAAUAAAUUGGGUGAAUUUUGGCCCAUUCCUCCUGACAGAACUGGUGUAACUGAGUCAGGUUUGUAGGCCUCCUUGCUCGCACACACUUUUUCAGUUCUGCCCACAAAUGUUCUAUAGGAUUGAGGUCAGGACUUUGUGAUGGCCACUCCAAUACCUUGACUUUGUUGUCCUUAAGCCAUUUUGGCACAACUUUGGAAGUAUGCUUGGGGUCAUUGUCCAUUUGGAAGACACAUUUGCGACCAAGCUUUAACUUCCUGACUGAUGUCUUGAUGUUGCUUGAAUAUAUCCACAUAAUUUCCCUUCCUCAUGAUGCCCUCUAUCAGCAAAGCACCCCCACAGCAUGAUGCUGCCACCCCCGUGCUUCACGGUUGGGAUGGUGUUCUUCGGCUUACAAGCCACCCACUUUUUCCUCCGAACAUAACGAUGGUCAUUAUGGGCAAACAGUUCUAUUUUUGUUUCAUCAGACCAGAGGACAUUUCUCCAAAAAGUACAAUCUUUGUCCCCAUGUGCAGUUGCAAACCAUAGUCUGGCUUUUUUAUGGCGGUUUUGAAGCAGUGGCUUCAUCCUUGCUGAGCGGCCUUUCAGGUUAUGUCGAUAUAGGACUCAUUUUACUGUGGAUAUAGAUGCUUUUGUACCUGUUUCCUCCAGCAUCUUCACAAGGUCCUUUGCUGUUGUUCUGGGAUUGAUUUGCGCUUUUCGCACCAAAGUACGUUAAUCUCUAGGAGACAGAAUGCGUCUCCUUCCUGAGCGGUAUGACGGCUGCGUGGUCUCAUGGUGUUUAUACUUGCGUACUAUUGUUUGUAAAGAUGAACGUGGUACCUUCAGGCAUUUGGAAAUUGCUCCCAAGGAUUAACCAGACUUGUGGAGGUCUACAAUUUAUUUUCUUAGGUCUUGGCUGAUUUCUUUUGAUUUUCCCAUGAUGUCAAGCAAAGAGGCACUGAGUUUGAUUUAGGCCUUGAAAUACAUCCACAUGUACACUUCCAAUUGACUCAAAUGAUGUCAAUUAGCUUAUCAGAAGCUUCUAAAGCCAUGACAAGCUGUUUAAAGGCACCGUCAACUUAGUGUCUGUAAACUUCUGACCCACUGGAAUUGUGAUACGGUGAAUUAUAAGUGAAAUAAUCUGUCUGUAAACAAUUGUUGGAAAAAUUACAUGUGUCAUGCACAAAGUAGAUGUCGUAACCGACUUGCCAAAGCAAUAGUUUGUUAACAAGACAUUUGUGGAGUGGUUGAAAAACGAGUUUUAAUGACUCCAACCUAAGUGUAUGUAAACUUCCAACUUCAACUGUAUUUGUUGCUUACUGUGUUCAUUUUGACUAAACAGUACGUUCUAAAGAGUAUAUAGUACAAUUAGUACACAGUGUAUACUGAAUAAAACUAUAAAUGCAACAUGUAAAGUGUUGGUCCCAUGUUUCAUGAGCUGAAAUGAAAGAUCCCAGAAAUGUUCCAUAUGCACAAAAAGCGUAUUUCUCUCACAUUUUGUGCACAGAUGUGUUUACAUACCUGUUAGUGAGCAUUUCUCCUUUGUCAAGAUAAUCCAUCCACCUGACAGGUGUGGCAUAUCAAGAAGCUGAUUAAACAGCAUGAUCAUUACACAGGUGCACCUUGUCCUGGGGACAAUAAAAGGCCACUCUAAAAUGUGUCGUUUUGUCACACAACACAAUGCCACAGAUGUCUCAAGUUUUGAGGGAGCGUGAAAUUGGCAUGCUGACUGCAGUAAUGUCCACCAGAGCUGUUGCCGGAGAAUUUAAUGUUCAUUUCUCUACCAUAAGCCACCUCCAACGUCGUUUUAGAGAAUUUGGCAGUACGUCCAACCAGCCUUACAACCGCAGACCACAUGUGAAAACUCCACUCCACAGGACCUCCACAUCCGUCUUCUUCACCUGCGGGAUCAUCUGAGACCAGCCACCUGGGCAGCUGAUGAAACUGGGUUUACACAACCAAAGAAUUUCUGCACAAACUGUCAGAAACCGUCUCAGGGAAGCUCAUCUGCAUGCUUGUCGUCCUCCACCAGGGUCUUGACCUGACUGCCAUUGGGCGGCGCACAAUUGGCCCAUCGUCAUCCAGGUUAGGGGAGGGUUUGGCCGGCAGGGGUAUUCUUGUCCCAUUGCGCACUAGCGACUCCUGUGGCGGGCCGGGCGCAGUGCACGCUGACACGGUCUCCAGGUGUACGGUGUUUCCUCCAACACAUUGGUGCGGCUGGCUUCCAGGUUAAGCGGGCAUUGUGUCAAGAAGCAGUGCGGCUCGGCUGGGUGGUGUUUCGGAGGACGAUGGGACAAGACUGUAACUACCAAUUGGGGAGAAAAAGGGGGGGAAAAUAUAAGAAUUAAAAAUUGUUUUCUAAAAACCUGUUUUUGCUUUGUCAUUAUGGGGUAUUGUGUGUAGAUUGAUGAGAAAAAAAACGAUUUCAUCCAUUUUAGAAUAAGGCUGUAACGUAACAAAAUGUGGAAAAAGUCAAGCGGUCUGAAUACUUUCCGAAUGCACCCAUAAUGACCACCCCCCCCCCCCCCUUUGUUUUUACACUGCUGCUACUCGCUGUUUGUUAUCUAUGCAUAGUCACUUUAUCCCUACCUACAUGUACAAAUUACCUAGACUAACCUGUACCCCCGCACAUUGACUCGGUACCGGUACCCCCUGCAUAUAGCCUCGUUAUUUUAUUACUUUAGUUUAUUUAGUCAAUAUUUCCUUAACUCUAUUUCUUGAACUGCAUUGUUGGUUAAGGGCUUGUAAGUAAGCAUUUCACUAUAAGGUCUACUACACCUGUUGUAUUCGACGCAUGUGACAAAUAAACUUUGAUUUGAUAUGUCGUGAAAUUACCAGUCGUGAAAUCCAUAGAUUAGGGCGAAAUGAAUUUAUUUCAAUUGACUGAUUUCCUUUAUAUGAACUGUAACUCAGUAAAAUCUUAGAAAUUGUUGCAUGUGGCAUUCAUAUCUUUGUUCAGUGGGCAAAUGCUGUAAGAAGUAGGCAAGACAGAUUUCGGACACUGCCUGUGUGUGUGUCUCAGUCACCAGGGACUCUACCCAAUUGAACACUCAUGGGAGAUUCUGGAGCUGUGCCUGAGACAUGAUUUUCCACCAUUAUCAACAAAACACCAAUUUAUGGAAUUUCUCGUGGAAGAAUGGUGUCUCAUCCCUCCAAUAGAGUUCCAGACACUUGUACAAUCUAUGCCAAGGUGCAUUGAAGCUGUUCUGACUCGUGGUGGCCCUACGCCUUAUUAAGACACUUUAUGUUGGUGUUUCCAUUAUUUUGGGAGUUACAGUGCCUUGCCAAAGUAUUCAUCCCCCUUGGCGUUUUUCCUAUUUUGUUGCAUUACAACCUGUAAUUUUUAAUGGAUUUUUAUUUGGAUUUCAUGUAAUGGACAUACACAAAAUAAUCCAAAUUGGUGAAGUGAAAUGAAAAAAAUUACUUGUUUAAAAAAAUUCUAAAAAAUUAAUAACAGAAAAGUGGUGCGUGCAUAUGUAUUCACCCCCUUUGCUUUGAAGCCCCAAAAUAAGAUCUGGGGCAACCAAUUACCUUCAGAAGUCACAUAAUUUGUUAGAUUGCACACAGGUGGACUUUAUUUAAGUGUCACAUGAUCUCAGUGUGUAUAUAUACACCUGUUCUGAAAGGCCCCAGAGUCUGCAACACCACUAAGCAAGGGGCACCACCAAGCAAGCGGCACCAUGAAGACCAAGGAGCUCUACAAACAGGUCUGGGACAAAGUUGUGGAGAAGUUCAGAUCAGGGUUGGGUUAUAAAAAAAUAUCAGAAACUUUGAACAUCCCACGGAGCACCAUUAAAUCCAUUAUUAAAAAAUUGAAAGAAUAUGGCACCACAACAAACCUGCCAAGAGAGGGCCGCCCACCAAAACUCAUGGACCAGGCAAGGAGGGCAUUAAUCAGAGGCAACAAAGAGACCGAAGAUGACCCUGAAGGAGCUCCACAGCGGAGAUUGGAGUAUCUGUCCAUAGGACCAGUUUAAGCCAUACACUCCACAGAGCUGGGCUUUAUGGAAGCGUGGCCAGAAAAAAGCCAUUGCUUAACGAAAAGACAUAAGCAAUGAGACUAAAAUUGAGCUUUUUGGCCAUCAAGGAAAACGCUAUGUCUGGCGCAAACCCAACACCUCUCAUCACCUCUCAUCACCCCGAGAACACCAUCCUCACAGUGAAGCAUGGUGGUGGCAGCAUCAUGCUGUGGGGAUGUUUUUCAUCGGCAGGGACUGGGAAACUGGUCAGAAUUGAAGGAAUGAUGGAGGGCGCUAAAUACAGGGAAAAUCUUGAUGGAAACCUGUUUCAGUCUUCCUGAGAUUUGAGACUGGGACGGAGAUUCACCUUCCAGCAGGACAAUGACCUUAAGCAUACUGCUAAAGCAACACUCAAGUGGUUUAAGGGGAAACAUUUAAAUGUCUUGGAAUGGCCUAGUCAAAGCCCAGACCUCAAUCCAAUUGAGAAUCUGCGGUAUGACUUAAAGAUUGCUGUACACCAGCGGAACCCAUCCAACUUGAAGGAGCUGGAGCAGUUUUGCCUUGAAGAAUGGGCAAAUUUCCCAGUGGCUAGAUGUGCCAAGCUUAUAGAGACAUACCCCAAGAGACUUGCAGCUGUAAUUGCUGCAAAAGGUGGCUCUACAAAGUAUUGACUUUGGGGGGGUGAAUAGUUAUGCACGCUCGUUUUCUGUUUUUUUGUCUUAUUUCUUGUUUGUUUCACAAUAAAAAAUGUUUUACAUCUUCAAAGUGGUAGGCAUGUUGUUUAAAUCAAAUGAUACAAACCCCCCAAAAAUCUAUUUUAAUUCCAGGUUGUAAGGCAACAAAAUAGGAAAAAUGCCAAGGGGGGGGAAUAAUUUCGCAAGCCACUGUACCUGUAUAUGUAGCCUAUAGGUUGUUCAUUUAGAAUGUGUCAUGUGGUAACGUCCUUUGUUCGUGCUGUGUUUUUGUUCUGUAUGUCAGGUGACUUCUCAUGGAGUGGUGCGGAGCAGGCUCCGGGGGUGACCCCUGCCCUGGUAAUGCCCACGGCCACUCCCGUCCUGCCAACGCUGGAGGAUGACGAGGAGGGGGUGGAGUACAUGGAGGAGGACAUCCAGGCCACGGUGGCCCGUCUGACUGAGGGCUUCUCAGCCCUGCGCUCCGUCCUCACCCCCCUCUUCUUCAGAGGCCUCUUUGCCUUCCUUAGCUGGUGGGUGGCCGCCUGCCAGGUCAUCAGCAGCCUGUUUGGCAUCUACUUCCACCAGUACCUCAUGCAGAACUGA